AUGAGGAUAUUAAGUUGGAAUUGCCAAGGGCUUGGGAACCCUUGGAUGGUUCGAAGCCUUUGCAAACUUGUAAAGGAUCAAGCUCCCAUGGUGUGCUUUCUAAUGGAAACACGGUUAGACAAAAAAGGUUAUGCGAAGCAUUGUAGAGAAGUUCCUUUUCCUAAUAAAUUUAUUGUGAAAAAGCCUAACUCUGGUGGUGGAUUAGCGUUGUUAUGGAAAGCAGGUGUGGAUGUGGAAGUUAUUAACUUCACAGAUAAUCAUAUUUUGGCAAGAGUGGGGGAAGAAGAUGGGUCUCACUGGAGACUUCAACACCAUUUUACACACUACGGAGAAGCAAAGCGCUCGACCCCCGUCAUAUGUUCAGAUGAUGAGUUUUGCACCGCUUUGGAGAAGUGCAACUUGGCUGAUCUGGGUUUCUUCGACUACCCAUUCACGUGGAAUAAUAAGCGUCCUGGACAUGCAAACACAAGGCAGCGACUUGACCGGGCGGUGGCGAAUGUGGAGUGGCGAUCGAAAUAUCCAGCCACAACAGUCACGCAUCUUUUUUCUCAUGCCUCAGACCACCUACCCAUAAUUCUUCAAGCCAUGAUCGAUAGACGGAUGAAAGUAAGGAGCAAGAAGGGAUUUAAGUUUGAAGAAGUUUGGCUAAUGUGGGAUGACUGUGAAGCGGUGGUGCGUGAGGCUUGGAACACAUAUGGAGGUGCGGCUUCACCUUUGGAUGAUGUUAAGGAAAAAAUCAAGAGGUGUGGGGCCGACUUGCAAGCAUGGGGGGCUGUUAGAACAAACCCGGAUACAGAAAGGAUCAAAGCACUUGAAAAACAGGUGGAGCUUAUCACAAAAUCUGAAUUGACAGAAGUUACGAAAGCUGAUUUGGCCGUGUUUUGGAUUUUUUUGAAUACUGGUCACUUGGAUCCUGAUCUAAACUACACUCAUAUUGUGCUUAUUCCUAAAAUUAAAUCACCGGAGAGAAUGUCAGAUUUUAGACUUAUAAGCCUUUGUAAUGUCAUAUACAAAAUUAUAUCUAAAGUCCUAGCUAAUAGGCUUAAACAGAUUCUCCCACGGUUGAUAGCUCCUUCCCAAAGUGCCUUUGUCCCAGGUUGUCUCAUUACAGAUAAUGUUUUGGUUGCUUAUGAAACUUUGCAUGCCAUGCAUUGCCGGAAAAAGGGAAAAAUAGGUGCACUAGCUUUGAAAUUGGAUAUUAGUAAGGCAUAUGACAGAGUUGAGUGGGCUUUUCUAAAAGGUAUUAUGGUCAAGUUGGGGUUCCCUGAAAUUUGGGUUGACCGAGUGAUGUGUUGUGUAUCCUCCCCUUCCUUCUCAGUCUGUAUUAAUGGUAAAGCAUAUGGCAAUAUAAAACCUUCUAGGGGGCUCCGACAAGGAGACUUGUUAUCCCCUUAUUUAUUUCUUUUAUGUGCAGAAGGUUUCACUUCUUUAUUGGCUAGAGCAGAGAUGGAGGAGAAGUUGCAUGGAGUGUCUAUUUGUAGAAGAGCUCCCAAAGUCUCGCAUCUUUUAUAUGCAGAUGACUCCUUACUCUUUUGCCGGGCAAGUAGAGGGGAAGUGCAAGUGAUAAAGGAUAUCAUGCAGCUUUAUGCCACGACAUCAGGUCAAUGUAUCAAUUUCAUGAAGUCAUCCAUCUACUUUAGCAGUAAUACAGGGGAAGAUCAGAAGGAGUGGAUAAAAGAUUGUUUGGGAGUCAGGGAGGUGGACAAGUUUGAGACUUAUUUGGGACUGCCCACAUUACUUGGGUGCUCUAAAUAUCAAGCCUUUUCUUUUCUCAAAGAUAGGGUUUGGAAAAAAUUGCAAGGGUGGAAAGGAUCAAUGCUAUCUAGAGCGGGGAAGGAGGUACUUAUUAAAGUAGUGGCCCAAUCAAUCCCAACCUAUACAAUGGGUGUGUUCCAAUUACCGAUAAAGCUAUGUGAUGAGCUAAAUUCGAUGUGUGCAAAAUUUUGGUGGGGGCAGGUGGGAAAUGAAAGGAAAAUACAUUGGAAGAGUUGGAGAUUCUUGACUAGACCAAAGAAACAAGGAGGGAUGGGCUUCCGAGAUAUCCGGAGUUUUAAUCUUGCAAUGUUGGCAAAACAGGGCUGGCGGUUGCUACAAUAUGAAGAUUCUUUGGCUCACAAAUGUCUCAAAGCCAAAUAUUUCCCAAGGUGUAAUUUUUUUGAUGCACAGGAAGUUCCUAAUAGCUCAUAUGUGUGGAAAAGUAUUUUGGCGGCUCUACCUAUACUCAAACAUGGCUGUUGCUGGAAGGUGGGUACCGAGUCAGCAAUCCGGGUUUUGGAGGACAAGUGGAUUCCCAACCAUCCCACCAACGGAGUACUUCAUCCACCAUUAGAGGAGGAGUGGGAAUGGAGAGUCAAUGAGUUGAUUGAUUGGACUUGUAAAGCUUGGGAUCGCCAACUUAUUGCUAGAAGUUUUCACAGAGAAGAUGCGGAGGCCAUUAUGCGCAUCCCUUUGAGUCAUGGCCAUUUGGUGGAUACCUUGUUUUGGUUAUAUAGCAAAAAUGGGGAGUACUCUGUUAAGUCAGGCUACCAGACAGCCAGACAAAUUAGGAGUGCAGAGGAGGGGUGUGGGGAGUGUUCUAUGGCAAGAAGUAAUGAUGCUCUGUGGAAGUUUCUGUGGAAAUUACAUAUUCCAUCCAAAAUAAAAGUGUUUGCUUGGCAUGCUUUGCAUGAUAUCCUUCCAACCCGUGAGAAUCUGGUGCGUAGGAAAAUAGUUGAUGAUGGGACCUGCCAGCUUUGUCAAAGAGAGAAUGAAACAGUUCUCCAUGUGCUAUGGGAGUGUAGUGUGGCAAAGGAUGUGUGGGCUGGGUGUUCGAGGGAGUUACAGAAGCAUGUGAGUGGCCAGAAUGAUCUCACGUUUUUGUUCGAAGAGCUGCGACAGAAGUUAUCUGUGGAGCGCAAUGCCAUCAUUCAUGGAGGUGUUUUGCAGGAUCGAACUAAGCUGGGACAAAGAGCCAGAGAUUUUGUGGAGGAAUAUCGUCAAGCUCAAAUCCAGUUAUCCAUCCUAACAGCAAUGCCAAGAAGCAGCCAUACGUGGAACCCACCACCUAGCAGAUAUUUCAAACUCAACUUUGACGCCGCGGUUUUUAACGAUAUCAAGGCAUCAGGUAUUAGAGCUGUAAUUCAAAAUGAUUUGGGGGAGGUUAUGGUGUCAAUGUCUGCUAAAGGUCCUCAAGUUGCUGAUAGCGAAGAAGCCGAGAUUCUGGUGUGUUGCAGAGCAUUAGAGAUGGUUGUUGACUCAGGGUUCUCAGAUUUAAUAGUUGAAGGAGAUAAUGCCUCUGUCAUGAAGAACAUUGCUGGUCUGUGUCCAAGAUUUUCUCGCUUCAGCCAUUUGUAUGAGGAUAUUCAAUGCCUAGUUUCAGGUCUUCGCUCCAAGCUCAUUAACUCUAUACACCGUGAAGCAAUUGGGGUGGCACACUCCUUAGCCAAAUAUGCUAGGAAUAUAGAUAAUGACUUAAUAUGGAUGGAGGAUACCCCUCCACCUGUGUUACAAGCUUUGUACGUGGACUCUUCUUAA